AUGAGUUAAGACAAAAAGUCCUUUUUCGAUUUUACUUCACCUUUUGAUUUGGAAAGACAAAUCGAGAUUUUUCAUAAGUCCCACAAAGAUCAGUUCUUUGUCCCUAAAGACGACAAAUUUAAGAUGAAGACCCUGGUACUCCAGAGGAAUUAUCUUAUCAAAUACAAUUAGAAACGUACUUCGUAAAAGUAUUUCAACAUUACUAAUGCGUUAUUGGAAAUUGUUAGCCAUCCAAAAAUGGGUUUGGGGAUAUCCCUAACCAAAAAUGGAGGAAAUUUUACAUUUUAUGGUCUUGUUGAAUAAUGGUUUUCUCAUAUGAAAAAAUGGUGUAUCCAACCCAAUUUCUCUAAAGAUUACAAAAUUGUCUCACUUAUUGGUCAAGGCAGUUUCGCUAAGGUUUUUAAAAUUUAAAGAAUUUGUGAGAUGAAAGAAUUUGCUGUUAAAGUGUUUGAUAAAUCGAUUUUGAAGAGUUAAGAUAAGCCUGCUCUACUAAAAGAGAUUGAACUUCUCAGAUUGAUGAAUCACAAAAAUGUUGUUACCAUUUAAGAAACUUACGAAAACGAUCAAUACAUCUAUAUAGUCUAAGAACUUUACUAAGGAGGCGAAUUGCAUAAGGAACUGAAGAGAAGCAGAACUUUCUCAGAGCGAGGUGCAUAUAUAAUAGUUCAAUAAGUUGUUGAAGCAUUAAUAUAUGUGCAUUCUCAUGGAAUACUUCAUAGAGACAUAAAGCCUGAGAACAUAAUUUUAAAAGAAGAAGGAAUUAUAGAUCAGGUGGUCCUGGCAGAUUUUGGAUUGGCAGAUUAUUAUAGAAAGGAUUGUAAAUACAUGUUCACCAGAUGUGGGACACCAGGAUACGUUGCACCCGAAUUAUUAUAAGAUAAAAUUUAUGAUCACAAGAUUGAUGUGUAUAGUUGUGGCAUACUCUUAUACUACCUUCUCGUAGGAAAGGGUCCUUUUGACUCUAAUAAUUAUGAUCUGACAGUGAAUGCAAAUUUUAAUGGACAUGUCGAUUUGGCUAAAUUCAACUUUACAAACGAAUGUCUGGAUCUUUUAAGAGGGAUGUUGGAUCCAAAUCCUCUAAAUAGAUUCACAUUCGACUAGGUUAAACAGAGUUAAUUCUUUAAAAGACACAAUUUUACUUAAAAUCAAGUGAGUAGCUAAACAAGUUUAGGUAGCAUCAAUUAUCAAUCUGAUACAUAAGUCUUUUCUCCAUAAUAAUCACCAUAUUUAGAACAUAGAAAAUUGAACGAAUAAAAAAGCAGGUUUGUGUAAUAUAGUUCUCCUCUAUAUUCACCUAUGAGACUCAAUUCACCCAAUUUAUCUCCACUUAAUGGUCCUUAAUAAAAAAGCCCCAAUUUACCCAGAGUACCCAUUUAAAUAUGA